GCUCAGCGAGGAAGAAGGAAGAGGAAGAGGGAAGGAGCUGCUUUGCUUUUUUGCUGUUGCUGUUGCUUGUUGUUAUUAAGAGGAGGAGGAGGGAGUCCUUUAUUAAUAUUAUUUUAUUUUUUAACGCCAGCUAUGGAUAUCUGCAGCUCCAACACGUGGGAGUGAGCCAGCAAGCAUUUUUGCAACAGGAUGGUAUUAUUAAGAAAAAGACUAAAAUGGUGCCUUUAUAGUAGGAGUGUUAGCAUUGAAGCUGCUGGUGCCUUGUAGCUGCUGCAGCUGUGUAGUGUGUGUGUGGGUGUGUGGGUGUGCAAAAAAAAGAAAGAAAGCGAAAGAAAGUUAGCUCAUGAGUAGCUAAUGCUUAAGGCCUUCCGUUUCCUUUUUGGCUUUGCAGGACAGCUUAUUGUUUAAUUCCUGCCUUUUGUUACAAAGAGAAAAAAGCUCGUUUUUUGCUGGCGUUUGCAGCUUUUUUGUGUGUGAGUGUGUAUCUGUGAGUGUGUGUGUGUAUCUCUGUGUGUGUGUGUGCUGUCUCUCAUCUAAAUAAGGCUGAAAUGAAGAGAGUGAACAGCUUACAGAGGUUCAUGAACAGACGGGCCUCUGCGAACUGCCGCUACCAGCCCACCUGCUACGAGCAUGCUGCAAACUGCUACACUCAUGCAUUCCUCAUCAUGCCGGCCUUCGUUGGCAUGGCGCUGCUGCACCGGCUGUCCGACAACAGCUGGGAGAGGAUCACGGCCUGGGUGUACGGGAUGGGACUGUGCGCUCUCUUCUUGGUCUCCACUGUGUUUCAUAUCGUCACCUGGAAGAAGAGCCACAUGAGGUCCAUGGAGCAUUGUUUCCACAUGUGUGACAGAGUGGUCAUCUAUUUCUUCAUCGCUGCCUCCUACACACCGUGGUUGAACCUGCGUGAGCUCGGCCCGCUAGCAGCACACAUGCGCUGGUUUGUGUGGCUGAUGGCUGCUGCUGGAACCAUUUAUGUCUUCAACUAUCAUGAAAAGUAUAAACUUGUCGAGCUGGCCUUCUAUCUGACGAUGGGUUUCUUCCCCGCGUCAGUGGUGACGUCAAUGAGCAACACGGAGGGGCUUCAUGAGCUGGCCUGCGGAGGACUCAUCUACUGCCUUGGCGUUUUCUUCUUUAAGAGCGACGGCGUCAUCCCCUUCGCCCACGCCAUCUGGCACGUGUUCGUGGCGCUGGCUGCAGCCGUGCACUACUACGCCAUCUGGAAAUACCUCUACAAGGCUCCCAGCGCCGAUUCCCUCCUAGACUCGUGACCAUGGCAACGCUGGUGCUCCUCCUCUUCUUCCUCCUUCCUCCUCCUCCUCACCUCUCUCUUUAUCUCAACUCCCUCAACUGCCCGCUAACGCUGCAGCGACAGCCGAAAAAGUUUACGAAAAAAAAAAAAUCUUGACCAUGAAUUGUUUACUGUUUUCUAACGUGGAGGAGAACAGUCUCUCUCUCUCUCCCUCUCUCUCUCUGUGUAGCUCUAUCAGCGUUUCCAUGACGACCAAAAAAAAAGAAGCUACUUUCAGAGUUGUUUUGUACGACUUCAGUAUUAAAAAAAAGAAAAAGAGAGGGUGCGAAUUUAUGACUUUUUACACUUGGUAAUUAAAACCUUCGGCACAUUGAUUGAUGAGUAUUUGAGGAACAAAAUGUUUUAUAGCAGUCUUUUUUGUAUCACGACGAAGCGAGUCACAUUCCACAGUUUGGGGUCGUUUUUGAGUGUCAAAAUAAAAUACCUGGAGAUUCAUCUUUUUCUUUUUUUUCUUUUUUUUUUUUUUUUUCUGAGGUUUUUGGAGGUUUAUUGAAAUGAGGUGCUAAAAGUAAAAGUCAGCUGUUAUUAGUAGCAGGGCUGGGUAUAAUAAGGUGGAUGUUUUAUUUACUGUAUCUACAUCUGAUAUUAAAAAUGAGAGAUAUUCACUCUUUU